AUGCGUGGAUUCAUUGUUUUGUGUUUGACUGCCGUAGCUUUCGCUGCACCACAAGGUUAUAACUACAAUCCAACAGGUGCUGUGCAACAGACCACAGGUUUCGGUGGCAAUUAUGUUGCACCUUCAUCAAGUGGUUCAGCAGGUUUCUUUCAAGGCGCCACCGGUGGCCAACAAGCUUUCUUCAGUCAGGGUUCAAGUAAUGUAGGCGUAUCACAUCACCAACAACAACAUCAUCAACAACAACAACAACAAGCUGUUGUGUCGAAACGCUUCUACAUUCACUCCGCACCUGAAGAUGGUGAAGAUGAGUACAAAGAACAACACAUCACCGUCGGUGUACCCAAGAAGAACUACAAUGUUGUGUUCAUCAAGGCGCCACAAAAGGCACACAAGAAGACUGCCAUCAAGAUCAGCCCAGCUGUUAAUGAAGAAAAGACUGUCAUUUAUGUGCUUAACAAGAAAGCUGACUCCUCCGAUAUCCAAGCUGAAGUUAUUGAACACGCCAGCCCAACCAGCAAACCUGAAGUAUUCUUCAUUAAAUACAAGACUGCCGAAGAAGCUGCUCAUGCUCAACAACAAAUCCAAGCUCAGUAUGAUGCUUUGGGAGGCAGCAGUCAAGUCACAGAUGAAGGUGUUGCUCCAGUUACCUCAGUCAUUGGUUCCUUGGGUGGUGACGCUGGUGCCGCUGGCGCUGGUGUUGCUGGUCAUGGUGGUGUUGCUACAGGUGUCGUAUCCAGUGGAUCGUUUGGUGGUGCUCAUGGCGUCGCUACGGGAUCACACUCAAGCAAUGCAUACUUACCACCAAAUUUCUAA